AUAGGGGAGUUGUUAAUGGCGGUUAUGCACGCCACCUGUUCUCACUAUCCGCGGCUCCCACACCUACACAACGGCUGAUUUCUUUUUUAUUCACCCGGACCUCGCCCACCCACUUCCCGACGUCCCUCGCGCUCAUGCAUUCGCUCCCUACCUUUGCGUCAGCGCGAUAUUAUUAAUAAGAAAUCGGCCGGAAUAUCUGGCCGGCUACCACCAUUGGACGGUCAUGGCACCUCUGUAACGACUGAAUGAAUCUUGUCGGCGGGGAGACCGAUCUUGGCAACCCAGACCGUGCCCGAUCUCCGAGUUAGCAAGAGGCAGGUAGAGGAUCCGAAACAUGGCAACCUGUAUUUUAGAAUCGCUGGACCAAACAAAUACAACACUAACUAUGUGAGGUUAGUUCAGCACCAAGGACGGGGACUAUGAAGCGUUUGACCUACGUUAGUGGAUUUGACCUCUAACCGCCAUCUUUGACACGUCAUAUCCGGAUCGUCGAAGGAUGAGGCAGGAUCGAGCGGAGGGUGGCGCACACGUACCUCAGGCCGCGUCUUCAGAAAGCAGUCCACUGUCCAGAUCAUCGUCUCGGGGAGUCCCAGGAAGCUGUUGCCUCUGUUUCUGCUGCUGCUGCAGCUGCUCUUGCUUGUCGGUCCGAGGAGGUCAAGACGAACCCAGCCGAGAUAACGGCCGGCAACCCAAGUCAACGUCCAGCAGAGAAACCAGAUUGGAAGAGGUUGACGAGAAGACAGCAUCUGACCAGCCCGACAUGGAAGAGGUGAACGAGUGGGGAAAGUCGUUUGACAAGAUGAUGAAGAGCUGCCAUGGAAGAAUAAUAUUCAGGGAGUUUCUUAAGACCGAAUACAGCGAGGAAAACAUGAUGUUUUGGCUAGCUUGCGAAGAUUUGAAGAAGGAAAAACCAGAGAAUCAAAGUGCCAUCGAAGAAAAGGCAAGGCAAAUAUACGAGGACUACAUAUCAAUUCUAUCCCCAAAAGAGGUGAGUAUAGACUCACGAGUACGGGAGAUUAUCAACAGAAACAUGGUGGAUCCAACUCCAAGCACGUUCGACGAAGCGCAACAGCAAAUCUAUGUACUGAUGCAUAGAGACUCCUACCCAAGAUUUCUGAACUCUAAAAUGUUCAAAGACCUCUUAAGACAAGUGUCAUCAGAAGGAGCAUCUAGCUGAAGCUUGGAGUGGAUGGGUAUCAUGAUAUAGCUUUAUGUAUAUUGUUAUGUUAUCCUUUCUUUGUAUUACUUAGUUGCACCUCCUACGACCGUAACGUGUGCGUAUGAUGUACUUGUAAUAUGCCAUAUUUUGUACAACGAUAUCGAUUUACCUUCACAUCGUGUGGCGGCACCGGAAUUGUUCAGGCCAGAAUGUAGAGGUAGUCGAAAGGUUCCCGCUUUCCUUGGUUCAACGAUGACAAAAUCCAUGGAUCGGGAUCGUGAGGAGCUCGACUAAACUACCCUGACGUACAAGAUAAGAACCAGAACCCUGUGCUGCUGCCAAAGCAGGAGGGGUAGCAGAGAAAUGUUGAUACAUAUACUUUGAAAUUCUUACCACAUGUUGUGGGUGAUAAAAAGCCAUAUCGAUUCAUAAAGCCUUUAUUUGGUAAUGUUGUGUUGACGGACACACUGUCUGCUAAUAACAGAACGUCCGGAUCAGGCAGCCGGAACGAAGGCCAGGCAGUCAAGCAAUGCCUGCAGUAUCGCAGAUGCAAACUUCCUGAAGGACGGGACAGUUUUUCUGAUGCAUAGCUCUGUUCUUUUUGCUGAAAAUUCGGCAAUCUUCCCCUGGAUUUUUCUCAUCGAUGUGUCAUCCUUUUCACGAGUCUGCACUGUCUGGGCGCCGUGGACAAACCAAGACAUCAUUGUCACUAUCAAUCUGCUUCAUCCGGACCGAAAGCCAAAAAAUACGACGGAACCGGACAACACAUCGAUGGUGCUUUGCAAAAUGAUGGUUAUGUUUGGGUAGUAUGGCAGCAGGCGGCAGAGGAAAUGUGCAUACGCGAGCUGUUGACGUGGACGUAGGAACUGCCUGUCUCCUCUUACGUGCAGCGAACCCAUCACCUCUGCUCCACCCCUCACGGCCUCCACACAAACUGCGUGUUGGUGAUAUAUUUUGGUAGUGUGCACGAUGUAGAUGAGAACAAUGCACGUUUUUAUGUGUCGGCAAUGAGUAUCCUGCUAGAUAAGCAGCAUCUUUCAACAAUGUUAAGCUUGCCUCGAAAUUGGCCGAAAAAGAUCUAUUUACACAAUUCACCAUUCUCACAAAAAGCUUAAUCCGUUACAUUGGUUGAUAGAUAUUUGUGAAUAAGACCUGGCAUUUGCACUGUUGAAAACCUGACUGUAACGGAGGUUCAUUUCUGCAUCAAUCUUACUCUGCAACACAUAUGAUCUGCAGAAAACGCAUGAUGGGAUAGUGUGAAAAUAUCUAGGAAAAAUCAUAAAGGAAUUAGACUCUUAAGACAUUCGCUUUAGACAUUUGUUUAAAACUAGCCACUUGCGAAUGUGAGAACCUUUAGAUAUCACAGCAUCUCAGUAUUAUGAUAAUUAGAUAGGUAGCGAAGACAAACUUUGUCUUUUCGUUUCCAGACUCUUUCUUCCAAAACAUGUAUCUGUGUAGUAAUGUUGAAAAGACACUAUAUACCAUGGCUCGUUCAUGCAUGUACAGCGCAUGCAUUUUGCGUAUUGCUAGUCUCAUCAUGCAAAUUGGUGCGUGGACCUCAAAGAAAACUAUGUACAAAGAAAACGAAGGUUAGGCAAUCGGAUCAACUUACUGACUGUGUGACUUUAUCGAAAGAUGUUUCAUCGCCAAUUUCUAACUAAACAAGUGUCAAUGUAAAAGGGCUUUUCACGAAUAACUAAUGUGGGCGCAGGUCGCCAUCUCAUGUCUCCUCACGGUUAUGGUUGAAGUAUGGUACCGUGAGUUUUUGUUAGAUGUCGUAUUGUCAUGUAGAGUUACCGACAGUAUAUUGAUGUACGAAGUAAGUUAAAUCAAGUCAUAAUGCUGUGCUAUUGGGGUGUCUGUAAGAAGAAGAAGAAAAAACAAAAACAACACAAAAAUAUGCUCCGGCAGCCGGGACCAAGCAGCACCGCGAGAGGUGAUGACAAACUAAUGAUCAGAUAAAUCAUAUCAGUCGUCCUCUUGAACACGCGAAGUAAAAACACCUCACUUAAACUGGAGUGGGAGCAACACAGGAUAUGUUGGCGUGAACUCCACAAUCGGAACGUGCACUUCCCCGUGCAGAAUCGCCCAGGAUGCGGAGGAUCCCACAGAGACCUGCUGAUAAGGAUACGGAACCUUUUCGUGACGUCUUUACACUACUGAGGUUUUCGAGUUCUCGUGCUCUAUCCCUGGAAACAUGUUGCCAAGGACACUCCGUACGGAGUACUGCAUCACCUGAGACAAAAGGCGAGAUUGCGCAGGACGCUGCCUCUACGGAAUCCAAACAUAACCUCCCCUCAACCAGAUGUCACCACUCCUAGCAAUAUUUCACCUUCUACGUACGGUGAUACCUUUGAAAUACAGCCAAACACCUGGUUACCGAUAGAUAGUUGUUCUUGUAAUGAUAUUAUAGUCAUUAUUAGUUUGAAAAAAUGAUUGCCGAUGUAUUUACUUAAAUGUAUCUUUGUCCAUAAACACUGUGAGCCAAAUGUUGUCAACGUCCCUUACAAGGAAGACAGAAACACUGCUUAUAUGGUAAUAUUUACCGUUUUAGUUGACAAAAUUACCCUGAUGAGAGUUGUCAUCUUCACUACGACUGUUAAUGAAAGAUAUCAUACUCUGACAGAACGUGUAGUUUCAUCUGAGCGAUGACGGCAUCCCCAAAAUGCCUCGAUCGUGCUUACUGUCAGACAAAUGUAAUCCAAACGCGGUUUGGCUAUGUUUAGAGCUCUUCAUCGACGUUAUGUUUAAACAAAAUUCAGUAAAACGUUUCAAAGAACUUUAAAAGAAACAGGGAUGUAUAGAAAAUACAGCGUGUGGUGUUUCUAGGACAACCAUGCAUCUCCCUCAAGCUGAUAUCUCUACGGUGACAAAUAUCUACAGACAUCAGCUAUUUUUGAUGCCCUCUAAACAGUCGCUCAGGAUGCCUUUGUCACCAUCCUUUUACUUGUAGAUUUGUCCUUGUUUGAAACGAUCCCGACUUCUGUUUAGUGAAUGUGGACAUUAUUCUCAUUGUCCUCUUAGCUGUCACAUACGGUACUGUUUGUAAGACUGUUUUCUGGACGAUGUGUUUCUCUAUGACUACAUGGUCAUCGAUGGUCACCCGAAGAACACAUGACCGGGGCAUGCGCGUAGGAGAUGCCCCCUUGUACAACUCACCAACUGACUGGUGCGUUUUCAGUCAGAUAUUGAUAGUUUCAUAGUUCUCUCUAAUGCGAUUCUCUGGUUCUCAAAAUACACAUACUUCUUCAAGUCUUAGGUAGAAAACGCACACCCACAAAAAAACAACGUACGUGAAUUCCUCAGCGACUACCAUGACCAAGCUUGUAUGGGUUGAUGCAAGUGGGUUAAUCCUAGCCAAAAAUCAACACUGUCAAUGGAAUAUAGAGUAGCUUGUUGCCAACAUAGUGUGAGUACUGUCUCAUACUGCACAUUUUGAACUGUAUCUCCUAUCGGCACCUUCCGGCCAUGUAUUCUUAGAAACACGGUCACAACUCAUGUCAUAGUCUCACGGCAGUACACGAGACAGAACCGAGAAGGCCCUAUCUGUGGCCAGUAACUGUAAAUAGUUUUCUGUGUCAGAUGAUGUGUAAGAAGUUAUGGGGUGUGUAAAGAUGUUGUCAGAACUUGUGCAAUCUAUGAAAAAAAUUUAUAUGCAAAGUACGUUGACUUUGAA